AUGACUGGGGAACCCACUUCUACAAACAAGUUGCAUACUAACUUGUUGGCAAAGUAUGGGGUUUCCCACAGAGUGUCCACCCCAUUUCAUCCUCAAAUAAACGGCCUAGCUGAGGUGUCGAAUCAAGAGAUUAAAUGCACCCUGGAAUGUAUUGUCAAGCCCUCUAAUAGAGACUGCAGCUUGAGGCUAGAUGAUGCACUGUGGGCCUACCACACCGCCCACGAGACCCCAAUUGGCAUGUCUCCAUAUCAGAUUAUCUAUGGUAAGUCCUGUCACAUUCCAGUAAAGCUAGAGCAUCGAUUAUACUGGGCAAUUAAGAGCUGCAACACCAAUUUAGAGGAAGUGAUUUAG